AUGUCUCUUGCAAUUGUCGGUGCUGCUCAACAAUUCGCCAAAGCAUUUGUCCCCGAGGAGGUCCGCGAAAUAUCAUUGACUUAUGUGCGCAUCUCCGCUUUCUCGGCGCUUUCUUCUGCGCUUGAGACGGCUGUUGCGGCUGCGACUAGAGCUCUGGAUCAGCCUGAUGUGCCUUUGAUCAUCAGUUUUGUGAAGUUUACCGUCAAUAUCGUCCUUGAUAUGAUCUUAAUCUCCAAAUUCCAUGUCUCGGGUAUCACUCCGACUGUCAACACUCAAGCCGCAACUCAAUUUGGCAUGUGGACUGGCGGCAUCACUUUCUGGACUUCUAUACUUUGUCUGGACUACGAGAAGACGGUUGAGUAA